AUGGUCCUCGAGUGUGGAACGUGUCCUGGCCGCUGCCGUGCGGUGGGUCCGUGCUGCAGUCGGGACGUGCGUGUCCUUGUCUCACCUGAUGAAGUGAAAUUUCUUACAUGGGCAAAACUGUUUCUGGUAGCUGCCAACCAGAUUUCUGAGAAUGUGUCCCUUGCUGAUAUUUUGUCACUGCGGGAGAGCUGUCUUACUGAGCAAGAUAUUUGGGCAAUUUGCCUGGAGUGUUGCCAUUCUCUGAAGAGCAUUGCCCAUUCUGCAAUCUUCCAGACGCUCUGCAUCACUCCUGACACUUUGGCUUUUAACACCAAUGGCAAUGUAUGCUUCAUGGAACAGCUCAGUGAUGAUCCAGAGGGUGCCUUUGUUCCACCAGAAUUUGAUAUCACCGGUAACACUUUUGAGGCACACGUCUAUUCUUUGGGUGCAACAUUGAAAGCAGCAAUAGAAUAUAUAGUAGAACCUGAGACAGAAUCAGAAUUUGGACAAGAUCUGCAUACUCUGCUGGAACAAAUGCAAGAAGAGAGUCCUGAAAAUAGGCCAGAUAUUGAGAGCAUUUUAUCAUUAUGUGAAGAAAAACUGAAGAUUGCUUCAUCAAGUAAUAUUUGUCGAAGCCUGUCUGCUGUUGGAAGAAGGGUUCUUUCAAUUGAAUCAUUUGGUGCUUCUCAAGAUGUCUGUGAUAACAUGUGGAAGGGAAGAAUGUGUCAGAGAAGUUUGGGAUCUAAAUUAUAUUCAAAUGAGAAAAACAGCAUAGCAAGUGAUUCGUCUGCAGUGGAAGACGUGACAGCUACCUGUCAUAAGGACUCUUCUGUAGUUACUAUGGUGACUGGCAGAGAAAGUGGUUUAAAGGAAAUGCAAAUUGAUCUGGAUAAUGAGAAAACUCAACAUUCUCAACUUGCAACUCCAGCUAAAAAGAGCAAAGAAGAGGACAAACAUGCAGUGUAUACUGACAGUUUUGCUUUGGAUAUAAAAUCAUGUGUUAUUGACCUGGAGAGAGAUGGCAUUUUUAAGAAAGGUUCUUUGAGAAAAAUUAAAACCUUUCCAAAGCUACCACUUGAACCUGCAGAUUCAAAUAACUUUUUUACUUCUGUAGCCAACAGUGGACCACUAGCUAGGAAAAAUCACUUGCUAGCACAAGAGUCACUACCUCUAGACAAUAAUAAUGAGGUUACUUUUUCAAAGGGAAAUCUUAAUUCAUUUGCUAUUAGUAGUCCACCAAAAAUAGAACCAAAGAAUCACCAGGUCAAUGAUCUUCAUGUAGGAGCUCCAUGUGUAUGCACACAGGUGUCUGGCAUGAAUCUAGAAGAACAUAUGUCACUUAUUAAUGGUAAAAAGAUAGGUUUUGCUUCAUCUGAUCACGAAGAUGACUGUUCUGAUGCUACCUCUGAAAUGCCAAAUACAGCUGGUGUGCUAGAAGGCCCAAAUCGAUCAAUUGGUGGAGCAAAAAUGCUAGACAAUUAUAUGGCAUUGGAAGACUCUUCUGAAACUUUUCAAGGGUCAAAUGAAAAUUCUUUACCACAUUUUAACAACAUGGCUUCGGUGUUAACGACAAAACCCAGUGGGAACAGAUAUGGAGCAAACCUAAUUAGGUCUUCAGAAUUAAGCAGCGGUGCAAUGAGCGCAAACAAUAAUGAAGAUAAUCUUUGUGGAGGCAGAGGGUCAGAAAUCAAAAGUAAUGAGCAGUGGAUCUCUCUAAAACUCCUGUUAUCCUGGUACGGUAAACCUCUGAAAGACUAUGAACUCUGGGCAUUAUGUCACGAGUGUUUAUGUACUCUGCAAACUUGCAUAGAUUAUCCAGUGGUCUUAUGUUUGGACUCUGUGCUGAUUGACUGCCAUGGAAGUAUCCUCUUUGCUGCUCCAAAAGCUGAAGAAUCUUGUGAUAUAUUCUAUUUAGCUCCUGAAAUUGAAGAAGAGGAUGUGGAUACUGAGAAGGUCUGCAUUUAUGGAGUUGCUGCAGUUCUGUGGAUGGCUGCAAAAUACAGUGUUCCUGCAAGUCACAAACUGGCAUUGCCAAGAAAAUUUAAAAAACUACUUCUGGAUAUGGCAAGAAAAAACCCUGAAGAAAGACCUUCUCUAGCUGAUGCAAUUAAGACAUGCAAUCAUUAUUUACUUGAACAAGGCAUAAGCAGCAAAAGUAUUUUGGCAUGGUUGAAUAAAUCUGUCGUUAAGGCUGUUGAGGAAGGUCGUGCUGCUUUUGAAUUUAAAAAUGAGACACAUGAAAUGGACCCUUCAGAGUCAAGCCUAGGAUUUGUGCCUAUUACCAGUGAAAGUAAACUUGUAGCAGUUAAAGGACCAGUACCAUGCCAGAUUUCUCUAAAUUGUGAGAAAGCUACAUUACCUGUUGCAUUCACUUCUCCUGCAACUCACUUUAAGCCUAUCAUUCUGCAACAAAAUGCAAAUAUAACAAAAAAGGUUCACACACUGGUUUCUGAGCAAUUCAAGAAAGAGACAAAAAAAGAAAAACACAUGGACCACAGUAAAUCAAGAUGUUUAAAGGACUCUGAAAGCCUUGGUACUGAGGACACAGAUGUUGUUGAAACUGCACCUGAAAUACCUGAGUGUGGUUUACAAGUUCCAGGCCACUCAUCCCAGAUAUUUUCAGAAAAGCGAAAGUCAGGCAAUGCAUUUACUUCUAUAAUUACGUCACCAUUGCCAUCUGAUUCCUCACAUACUCUNNNAUCUCCUAAUUUUCUUCAUAUAAAUAACAUCAUUCUCAAACAGGACUCAGAGAAAAGAGUUUUGACACUUGUACCAGUACAUUUAGCUGUAUCAGAGCAAAUACCAAAUAAACCUCUUCGUUCAAGAAUUGCUUAUGAUUGCUCUCAUAGUUUGCCAGUGCUACUUUCCAGUACUAUUGCAAGUUGUAAAAUAAGCACACAAACAGGAAAUGAUGCCUCGCUUUGCAAAGUGCAAAACUGUGAGGCUACUAAUACACAGAAAAAGUUUGAUAAAAGUAACACAGUUAUUCAAACCACUGGCCAAGAAAUUGAGUGUGCAACCAGUGUAGACAAUACUUUCACUGAGCAAGAACACACAUUAUGUACCUCAAUGAAUCAAGACGACUCUUGUCUCUCUGAUGUUGAAGUCCUGCCCCAGCGGAACAGAACAAGUGAUGCUUUACUACAGGAAGUGAUUCACCUUAUACAAGAGGAGUUUGCAUUUGAUGGCUAUCUAGAGAAUGGAGUUGAAGUUUUUGAUAUGGGUAACUUCAUUUUAAACUUAAAGGAAGUUAAGUUUGGUAUGUUCUCUGAUAAAAUUUGUGAGAAGUUUUGUGAUCUCUACUGGGAUGAAAAAUUACUGGAGAAUCUCUAUCAGGUAGUAAAUGGAGAAAGACCUUCACAUUUAUGUGUAACUGAGGCAAGUGAUUCAAAGUGUGGCAAUGUAUUCCAAGAUCUGAAGAAAUCUGAUAUCUUUUUGUCAAGCAGGGAGCAGACAGAGGGAGAAGGGGAAGCAACCUUUGAUGUGAAGGCUGAGCGUAUGAUAAAUACAUCAUUAGCUGAAGUGGAUUUUGAGUCACCUUUGGAUAAUAGUAAAAAAGAAUUGAGACUGCAGAAUACUGUCCCCACAGAGAAAGAGCGACAAUGUUUACAAAGCAAUGGCUGUUGUAUUGGUCCAGGCUUUGCAGAAGAAAAUAUAGAGCCAGAGGAAGAGACAAUGAUAAAGGUAGCUGGAAACAGCUACCUUGUGUCUCCUCAUCUAACUGACUUUCGUGGCUGUAGUCCUGGUUGGAGCAGUGCAUUUUAUGGAGCUGAAUGUUUUGAUUCAGAAGUUCGUAGUUACAUGAGAAACCUUGGAAAGCAGAAAUCAAGUGAGUCACAAAAUAUAGAUGCUAAAAAAGUGGAACUGGAACAGUUGCUAAUGAUGGAGACGAAAAAUUACAGAAAGACCAUAGUUUUUUACCAGAAACUAUUGCAGAAAGAAAGAAGCAGCAAAGGUCCUGAAACUAAAUCUAUGUUGCCCAAAUUGAGAGGACAGCUACAGGAGAUGAAAUCAAAAGUGCAGUUUCUUGAACUGGUAAAGAAAUAUGUGCAGAUCAUGUAUGCAGAGCAGUGGGGUGUAGAAUCCUGUGUGCUGUCUACAGUCAUUCACAACGGGAGAACUGACACCAUGGAUGUGGCACCUACAGAUGAGUCAUCUUUGCUUCUUUACUAUAACACAGAGAAACACCAAUGUGAUAACCAAAAUGGAAUAAGAGUUCUGCAGGCUGGUACACCACUUGGUUUAAUGGCUUAUUUAUAUUCCAGAAAUGCAUUUUUAGAAGGUUAUGUACAGCAGUUUCUCUACACAUUUCGCUAUUUCUGCACGCAAGAAGAAUUUUUGCAGUUUCUUAUUGAUAGAAUCAGCAGCACUUUAUCCAGUGCGAGUCUGGAUCCUUCCACAUCACUUACCAAAAUAUGUAACCGCAGUUUCUACAUCCUGCAGGCUUGGAUUGAAGACUGCUACAGUGUAGACUUUGCAACAAAUACUGAUCUUUUGUGUACCCUAAAAGAAUUUAUUUCUUCCAAGGUUGCUCCAUUAAACGGCUAUGGUGAGUGCUUGUUGGCAUUGCUUGAGGAUGCUUCUGUCAGGAAAAGUGGAAGUGCUCAUCAGUGCUCCAGCAUGGACACAUGUGAAGAAGAGGGCGAGGAGGACAGAAAAACAUUGCAUUCUCUAUGUAAAAAGCUCUCAGAAGAUGUUUCCAGAAAGAACUUUUACUGGAAACUUUCCAAAGGUAUGGGACCAAUUGCACAACAUCAGAGAGAGCGGCUGUACACUAUUUCAUCAGUUUUGCCAAAACCAUGCUAUAACAGUUUUACAGAAGAAAUUCCAGUCUCCUUUGCUAAAGCAGAUGAAGUGGGACCAUAUCUCUUAAUAGAAUACAGUGUGCAACAGCUUUGUUGUCAGCUGACAUUACUGCAGCAGGAAGUAUUUCAUAAAUGUCAUCCAGUACACUUUCUAAAUUCAAGAGCACUCGGCGUUAAAGACAAAUGUGUUGCUGUCCAAAAAGCUGUUUCUACUGAGACAGUUGCAGUUAAAGUCUGUAAUCUGUUUCUGUCAAAAUGUGUACAAGACCAGUACCUUCUACAAUUAUUAAGAAAUGCAGACAGUAUUAGUACCUGGGUUGCUGCUGAAAUUGUAACAUGUCACACAUCUAAGCUGCAGGUGAGCUUGUUAUCAAAAUUUCUUCUUAUAGCAAAAUGCUGCUAUGAACAAAGAAAUUUUGCUACUGCAAUGCAAAUCCUAGCAGGCUUGGAAAAUCUUAUUGUACGACAGUUACCAGCCUGGAAAAUUUUACCUGCAAAAGUAGCUGAAAUAAUGGAGGAACUCAAGGCUGUCGAGGUGUUUUUAAAAAGUGACAGCCUGUGCUUGAUGGAAGGAGAAAGAUUCAAAACACUUCCAACAAUUCCAUCAGCCCAUGUUUUGGCUAUGCAUGUCCAACAACUUGAAACUGGAGGAUUCACAAUGACAAAUGGAGCUCACAAGUGGACUAAACUUAGAAAUAUUGCAAAAGUUGUGAGCCAAGUUCAUGCAUUUCAGGAGAAUCCUUAUACAUAUACACCAGAUUUCAAGCUGCAGUCUUACCUCAGGCAAAGAAUAACUCGUUUUAAAGAUGCAGACAUUUCUGCCUUGGCAGCUGACAACUGUGCCAACUUCCAUCAGAUACCAGCAGAAAAACACUCUCGAAAAAUUCAGGACGCACUGCGCAGGAUGAAGGCAACGUUUCAGUAAUUAUUUAUAUUUCAUCUGUUUUAUUUCAAGUGUAGAUUAUAAAACUGGAUUUCAUCUCCUGGACCAAUUCCCAAGCAAAUACUUAAGUGACUUAAUUUCAACUCGAGAUAGUAUUUUAUAUUUCUUAAUAUGGAAUUAUAAAAUGCUGACUAAUGAGAUUUGAAUCCCUGGCAACUGGA